GCGGAACCAUAAAUCAGCCUUUACUCACCGCACUACCCGCCCGUGCGCUCCUGAAAGAUACUCCUAAAAUAACUCCUAAAGGAGUAAAGAGACAGGUAAAAUAUGUGGUCCUGGGCGGACCGCACAGCGCUGCAUGAAGCAGCCUCCCAGGGCAGAGCUCUGCAGCUGCAGCAGCUGCUGGACGGAGGCACGUCGGUGAACACGGUGACGGUGGACAACAUCACGCCGCUACACGAGGCCUGUAUCCAGAAUCACCCCAUCUGUGUCCGGCUGCUGCUGGAGGCCGGAGCCCAGGUGGACAUCCGGACCAUCCACGGCAGCACUCCCCUCUGCAACGCCUGCAGCUCCGGGAGCCUGGACUGUGCCGAGCUGCUGCUGGCGUACGGCGCCAAGGUCAACCCAUCCCUCACCGCACUCACCGCGUCCCCGCUGCACGAGGCCUGCAUACGGGGAAGUGCUGACGUGGUGAGGCUGAUGAUCUCCAGCGGCGCCAGGCUGGAGGCCUACGACGUCCACUUCGGCCCUCCCCUCCACAUAGCCUGCGCUAAAGGACACCUGGACUGCGUGGCGGAGCUGCUGCGGGCAGGCGCCAACGUGAACUCGGUGAAGUUCCACGAGACGGCGUUGCACCACGCAGCUCAGGCCCACAGGGAGGACCUGAUCCAACUGUUGGUGGAGUUUGGCGCCAACGUGUAUCCACGAGACAACGUCGGGAGGACACCUCUGGACUACACCACGCCGGCGUCUCCCUCCUACCACCUCCUCAGCUUCUAUGAGAGUAAUCCUCUGGGCCUGCAGCAGCUGUGCAGGAUUGCGGUGAGGGGGAUUAUGGGAACCCGAGCAUCAGAGGUCAUUGGUCAGCUGGACGUGUCCCCUCGUACCCACAGAUAUCUCCUGUACUGGGCUGAUCCCACACCAGUACCGGACGCUUGAUUCCCUAGACGGAAACAUCAUGGAUAGCACAUUUACUUAAAAAGAAUUAUUAAAGGUUUUAUUCAUAAAAGAUUGUGUAUAUGUAACGUGGCUCAAGAUUGCACUGUUCAUCCAACCAUCCAUCCAUCCAUCCAUCCAUCCAUCCAUCCAGACACUCACUUCACCCCAGACACUUCACCCCAGACACUUCACCCCAGACACUUCCUCCAUCUC